AGCCAUGCAGGCCUGUGAUUAUUACCUGUGCCUCAGCGUCUACCUCAUCACCUUCAUCACCGGAUUCCCAGCCAACAUCUUUGCUUUCUACACUCUCAUCUGCAAGAUCUGGAGGAAACCGGCUCCCAUAGACAUCCUGCUUCUCAAUCUCACCAUCUCAGACCUGCUCUUCCUCAUCUUCCUGCCCUUCAAGAUGCAAGAAGUCGUCAACAACAUGCAAUGGAACAUCCACUACUUCUUAUGCCCGCUGUCUGGUUUUAUCUUCUACAUGACCAUCUACAACAGUGCUUUUUUCUUGACGGCGGUGAGCGUCGAGCGAUAUCUCGGCGUGGCAUUCCCCAUCCAGCAUUCCCUACGGAGAAGGCCUAUUUAUGCAGUAUUUGCGAGCAUCUUCAUGUGGGUGUUUUCCACCCUCCACCUCAGCAUCGUCUACAUUGUGCCUUAUUACAACCCAUCCGGGACCAUUCCUCCAUCCAGAAACAUCUGCUACGAAGGAUUCACCGAGGCUCAACUGGAAAUCCUCUUACCUGUUCGUUUGGAGCUCUUCAUUGUCCUCUUUUGCGUCCCUUUAUUAAUAUGCAGCUUUUGCUAUAUUAACUUCAUCCGAAUUCUUUCGAGGUUGCCAAAUAUUGGACGGAGGAGACGAUUGAGAGCGAUUGGAUUGGCUUUGGGAACGUUGUUGGUUUUUGCGCUCUGUUUCGGACCCUAUAAUGUCUCGCACGUGGUUGGGUUUAUAACUAAAGAAAGCCCAGGCUGGAGGGAUAAAACUCUUCUCUUGAGCACUUUCAAUGCUUGUUUGGAUCCGUUUAUUUUUUACUUCACCUCCGCCGCUGUUCGGAGCACAUUCAGCGGGAUGAUGAGGGGGAUUUGGGGUCGGUGUUGGUGUCCACGGAUUUUAUGGAGCUCCAGGAAGGAGCCGCAAGACAUGGAGAAAAACAGCCUCCCGAAACCUCAAGACGUCAGAAACGCACUUUGA